CAACUGCAAGCACGUUUGUCGGGAUGGCGCCGACCGAGUGAGACAGGACCUGACGCGAUAAUAACUAAUUGAGUCUCAUUGAUAUUUCUGAGAGCCGUGUACAUAUAUCGACAGCAGGCGACCAGGAGAUUCUACAGCAAAAGAUUGCGUGCUUCGCCAUUCCCAUCAUCAUUCGCUACACGUACCCAAGUCCAGCCACCAUGCCGACUGAACCGCUAUACCCAGCCUACCUCCCCACCAGGCCCGACGGCUUCCAGUCGACAAUCGACAUACCGUUCUUCGAAGCCGAAGAACCCGGUGUCCGAGCCAAAGCGGCCCAAUCCGCCUCGUCCCCCUCCUCCAUCUUCCGGGACGGCGGCGGCGCUAGAGUGGAGAACAUCACACCCCGCGUCGGCGCCGAAGUCCGGGGUAUCCAGCUUAGCCAGCUCUCCAAGGCGGGUCUCGACGAGGUUGCGCUAUUGGCGGCCGAGAGAGGUGUUUUAGUCUUUAGAGACCAAGACUUUGCAGACAUUGGCUUUGAAAGGCAAAAGGAGAUUGUGAGGCAUUAUGGUCCUCUGCAUAAGCACCCCACGAUGGGAUACCCAGAAGGCACAGGUCCAGAAUUCCACGUCGUCUACGCAGACGAGAAAGCAGGCAACCUCCGCACCCUCCUCGGUCCCCGCACAACCUACGACCUCUGGCACAUAGACCAAACCUUCACCCCAAACACCCCCUCAACAACCUUCUUCUGGGUCCUCGAGACGCCCGCCUCAGGCGGCGGCGACACGGCCUUCACAUCCCUAACAGCAGCCUACGCGGCCCUCUCCCCAGCCUACCGCGCCACCCUCCGCGGCCUGCGGUUAUUCCACACAUCCGCUUCCGUAGGUGAAGUCGCGCGUGUAGGUACAGAGCGCGCCCUCCGCGAGGCCGUAUCGACGACGCAUCCGCUGGUGAUUCGGCACCCUGUGACGGGCGAGCCGAGUCUGUUUGUGAAUCCGACGAUUGCGAGGCGGGUGGAGGGGUUUUUACCCGAGGAAUCGGAUGCGCUGUUGGGAUUUUUGCAUAAUCAUGUCAAGAGUCUGGAUUUUAGUUGCCGGGUGAGGUGGGAGGCUGGGUCGGUUGUUGUGUGGGAUCAGAGGAGCGUUGCGCAUAGCGCGGUGCCGGAUUUCAGGGAGGGGGAGAGGAGGCAUAUGGUGAGAAUCAUACCGUAUGGAUCAAGGCCUGAGCCUGCGUUUCCUGAGGAGCACUGAGCCAGUGAAAAGGAUGAGGAGAUGUAGUGAAUAUUGGUCUACCUAGUAGUCUGCAGCUAUACGGG